ACAACUUCACUGAUUAAUAUCUGACUUAAAUUCCUACAACUUGGUUGUAUCUUUCCACUUCUGUAUUGCUGGCAUGGUAUUAUUAAAAUGUACUUAAAGUUGUGCAAAACGUAUUUAUUUAAUAAACUCGGCGGCAGUCUAAGUCGUCCUCAAACACACAAAUUAUCCAGAAGUUAUCACAGCGACAACGUAUUCGGUUUCAAAGGAAAAAGUAGAAUUGUACACAAAGUGUCUGAGGAUGUCUUAAGCAAUCGAUGCAAUCAGAGUAAUUUUUAUAGAUUAGUAACAGCAUACAGGCAACAUGCGCACAAAAAUGCAGAUAUCAAUCCAGUUGCACUCACUAGGGAAAUUAACAUUUCCUCCGAGUUAGAUCCUAAACACUACUGCUUAACUCAGAAUGAUAAAAUUAACUUUCUCGGAAUUAUCAACAUGGGAAAGGAAGAAGGUACCGUUGCAGAGGCAACUGAUUUUCUUCGCAACGUUUAUGCGAAAAAUAUAGCUGUUGAAUUCACACAUUUAGAGAAUGAGGACGAAAUUGAAUGGUUUGCCAAACGAACAGAAGAAAUUGUCCCCGAAAAAGUGGAUACAGACACAAAAUUACGUUUAGCAGUCGAACUAAUUCGUUCGCAAAAUUUUGACAACUUUUUAGGAAAUAAAUUUACAGGAGUGAAGAGAUACGGUGGGGAAGGCGCUGAAAGCAUGAUGGCCUUUUUUAGCGAGUUUUUUCGACUGACAGCUGAAGAAAAUGUGGAGCAGCUUGUAAUUGCAAUGCCACAUCGAGGACGAUUAAAUCUGCUCACAGGGAUGCUUAACUUUCCGCCAGUGAGGAUGUUUGCGAAACUAAAGGGACGAAAUAAUUUUCCAAAAAAGUAUGACGUAACGGGAGAUGUUCUUAGUCAUUUUAUUUCAUCUACUGAUCUUCAGUUUGGUAGCAAAGUUUUACACGUUUCGUUACUAUACAAUCCUUCACAUUUGGAAGCUGUUAAUCCUGUUUCCAUGGGUAAAACGAGAGCUAAACAGCUAGAGAGUCAGGAUGGAGACUACGGACACGAACAAGUGUGGAGCGAUAAAAUUCUGAAUCUACAAGUUCAUGGUGAUGCAGCUAUCAUCGGACAAGGUGUUAACCAAGAGUGUUUGGCUCUCAGUGGAACACCACAUUUUGAAAUUGGGGGCAGCAUACAUUUGGUCGUUAAUAAUCAACUAGGAUUUACAACACCUGCCGACAGGGGUAGGUCGUCAAGAUAUUGUACCGAUCUGGCCAAAAUGAUUUCUGCGCCAGUGGUUCACGUCAAUGGCGAUUUUCCAGAAAUGGUACUAAAAGCCACAAAAUUGGCAUUCGAAUACCAACGAAAAUUCAGAAAAGACGUGUUCAUCGAUAUGAACUGUUAUCGACAAUGGGGACAUAAUGAAUUAGAUGAUCCAACUUUUACUAAUCCUUCUCUAUAUGGAAUUAUACGAUCCAGGAGAACAGUACCUGACCAAUAUUUCAAAACACUUGUCGACGAAGGAGUAAUGACAGAAGAACAAAGAGAUACAAUAGUUCAAGAACACACUAAAUGGCUCAAUCAGCACCUCAAGGCUGUUGAUAACUAUAUACCCGAAGAUAUUUACUUCAAGAAACAGUGGCAGGGCUUUAUGCAAGCGGAAGAAUCCGUAAGUACUUGGGAUACAGGAAUCCAUCUCGAUCUUCUUACCUACAUUGGAAGUAAAUCUGUCAAAUAUCCAGAAGAUUUUAAUAUUCAUCCAACAUUGUUGAAAACUCAUGUCAAAAAUCGACUAGCAAAAGUCGGUGAAGGUAUUGGAAUUGACUGGUCCACUGCCGAAACCCUUGCUCUUGGCUCGUUGCUAUAUGAAGGCUACAAUGUGAGAAUCAGUGGACAAGAUGUAGGAAGGGGAACCUUCUCACAUCGACACGUUAUGCUAGUGGACCAAAAAACCAACCACAUUUACAUCCCUUUAAAUAAUCUUCACGACAAGCAACAAUGCUUUUUAGAAAUUGCUAACAGUAUUCUUUCGGAAGAAGCUGUUUUGGGUUAUGAAUAUGGGAUGAGUAUCGAGAGUCCAAAAAAUUUGAUAAUAUGGGAGGCUCAGUUUGGAGAUUUUUUCAAUGGGGCUCAAAUUAUGCUGGACACUUUUGUCUCAACUGGCGAAACUAAAUGGCUCUGGACUAGUGGUCUUGUCAUUCUUUUGCCACACGGUUACGAUGGAGCAGGACCCGAACAUAGUUCUGCACGAAUUGAAAGAUUUCUUCAAAUGACUGACUCAAAAGAAGAUAGUGUUGAUGGAGAUAACGUUAACAUGCAAGUCUGUCAGCCGAGUACGCCUGCUCAAUAUUUCCAUUUAUUAAGGAGACAGAUGUUACGUAACUUCAGAAAACCUUUAAUAAUAAUCGCUCCAAAAACCCUCUUAAGAUUAUCCAGUGCAACUUCUAACUUUGCAGACAUGGCUCCUCAAACAGCAUUCUUACCUGUCAUAAGUGACGAUACAUGUGAUCCCGCCAAAGUUGAAACUGUUUUAGUGACUUCAGGAAAACAUUAUUACACUUUGGCUGAAAAAAGAGAGUCUUUAAAUAUAAAAACAACAGCUAUCAUUAGACUGGAAUCGUAUUCUCCUUUUCCUACUCUGCAGUUACAACAAGAAGUUGCAAAAUUUCCAAACGCCAAAACAUAUGUGUGGUGUCAAGAAGAACCACAAAACAUGGGUGCAUGGACUUUUGUAAAACCACGAUUCGAAAACUUAGUUGGAAGAAAAAUUCGCUUCUGCGGACGACCAACUCAAGCUGCACCAGCUGUUGGAAUUGGUGCCUUACAUGAGGAACAAAUUAAUUAUAUAAUUAACAAACCCUUUACGGCUGAAAAUGAUUAAUGCGAACAACUUUGAUAAGCCAAAUAAAUUAAAAAAAGACGCAA